CAGACUCUGGUCGGAAACGAACAAGGUGCCUGAACAAAACGACGUCCAUAGUCGAUGCGUCCACGUUGACAGUUGAGAGCAAGGUGGUGAAAUGUUUCCAAAGCACACAAACACACCUACCCGAUUAAGCGACGAUCGAUCGCAAUCCCGUCACAACAGGCACUGAGCACAAGCGAGAAGAGGCAUUUGAAGAAAGUAGAGAAGUAUGUAAAAGUAUAUAUACUCGAGUAUCGUAACAGGUGCGAGGACACUCAUCUAUUUGAUUCAACAUUCGUAGGUUUACCGAUAAGAUUAUUACCGGUUGAAAGUCGGAAGAAUCACUAUGGAUACAGGUACCAGAUUUCGUAGGUUUGCGACAUAGAGUCCAGCACCUGGGAAACGAGGCGGUACAUGAAGAGGAAGAUUGUAUACGCGUAUCCCUGAAUAGAGAAUCCUGUCGUAUGACCCUUCUAUCGGUUCAAGAUAAGUAGUCUAUUUAGUCAUUCUACAACACUCACCCUGCACGUAGCAUACUAGUGGCAGAUUGACUAUUGAUUGCUGCGAAGCACCAAAAGGCGAUGGUUGCGUUAGAAGAGUGAUUCCAUGUACUCCACUGUUUCAUGUCCGAAUGCCAACAGUACUUUGGCACUGAAGCAAUGGCUUGCCAUGAAGUGACCCCGAGGCGGCCCGGGCCUCCAUUAAAGGACAUUAUGCACCGGGCCGCAUGCAAUCCUAGGCACUCCUGAUCACUAUCGAGUCUCGACAUCCUCUACUUAUACCGAAUCAUCCGAGGUUACAGAAUGCAUCCCCCGGGCCUCCUACUUAUAUUACGCCCAGCAAGACCAACAGGGAAACACAGACGAACAUGUCUGACGAAAAGAAACUCAAUGUCUUGAUGUGUGGAACUGGAGAAUAUACUACAGGAUGGACAGGAUCUGGCGCCUCCAAGUCAGACAAGAAGAUAGGAGUUGUCGGACUAACCCUCUUCGACCUACGGAGAUUGGGCAAGGUUGAUCACCUCAGUAUGGUUGGAACCAAUGGCUCGAAAUUUCCUGCCAUCCGCCAACAUCUCCAGGAGAAUAUCGUCAAUGUGUACAAGGACAUGGACAUUGCGUUUGAUGCCUACCCUGAGGGUGAUCAAAUCAAUGGAGAAGCCUACAAGGAUGCUAUCAACAAGUUAUCUCCAGGAGAUGCAGUCAUUAUAUUCACUCCAGACAGCACGCAUUAUCGUAUCGCUCUUUAUGCUAUCGAGCGCGGCCUACACGUACUAGUCACCAAACCAGCAACUCAACUCCUAAUACACCACCUCGAUCUCGUGGAGGCAGCCAAAAAGCACAACGUCGUCUGCUUUGUCGAGCAUCAUAAGAGGUUCGAUCCUGUAUACAGCGACGCUAAGGCUCGUGCAGCUUCCUUGGGCGAGUUCAACUUCUACAGCGCAUGGAUGAGCCAGCCUAAGAGUCAACUGGAGACAUUCCGUGCAUGGGCCGGCAAGGAUUCAGACAUCAGUUACUACCUCUCGUCACAUCACAUUGAUAUCCACUGCUGGAUUAUGCAAGGGAAGGCCGUCCCAACUCGAGUCGUUGCGAGUGCUGCAACUGGUAUUGCCAUCAGCGAACCCUACAACUGUGUUCCUCAAACAGAGGAUACGAUCACGUUGCUCGUUGAUUGGGAAUCCCUCAGCAGUUCCAAGCACCGUGGAACGGCUGUUUACACCGCUUCGUGGACGGCCCCUCUGAAAGCUGGUGUCCACUCUGCACAACACUGGUAUUAUAUGGCUGAAAAGGGCGAGAUUAACGUUGACCAAGCGCACCGAGGCUACGAUAUCGUUGCCGACGACACCGGAAAGACCUGGUACAACCCUUUCUACAUGAAGUACUCUCCCUCCGAGAGCGGACAUUUCGAUGGUCAACGAGGCUAUGGCUAUAUUUCGAUCGAGAAAUUCGUCGACGCUGCCAGGAGCGUUAAUGCAGGACUCACACAACCUGCUGAUUACGACAAGCACGGACUCCCGACUAUCGCGAACACCGUUCUCACCACCGCCAUACUCAACGCGGGCCGAAUCUCCUUGGACGAGAAGAGAGCUGUGUUCAUCAAGCAAAGCGAUAAUCAGUGGCUGUUAGAGUAGGGUCUUGGCCCUUCUCGUUGGUAGCUGGUUCGUGAGAUUGUGACAUCGAUGAAGGAGGUCUAGUAUGUGUAUGAUGAGAUUGUUGGUGCCGGGGAUAGUGUCAGGCAGCCGAACGCUCAUAAGUCUUCAACGAUGUACGUACAUACAUAGUUGCUCAAGCGAGAUACACGCUGUGUUUUUCUUGGUAUCGGAAUUUGCGUCU